AUGGAAAGCACAAGGAGCAACGACACCACGGCCAAAGCGCCACCAUUCCACUUCUCACACGACGCGUCCCUGGCGCAGUUCAGCGUGCCCUUCAAAAGCUGGAUCCAGACGAACGGCAAGCCGUGGGACGGCGUCGCCACGGGGGCCCUGGUGUUCGACGCCCGCGGCCGCGUCCUCCUCGUCCAGCGCACGAGCCACGACUCCAUGCCGGACCUGUGGGAGGUCCCGGGGGGAGCGGUCGACGCCGACGACGCCAGCAUCCUGCACGGCUGCGCCAGGGAGCUCUGGGAGGAGGCAGGGCUGGCGGCGCGCCGCGUGGCCCGCCUGGUCACCGAGGGCCCCGGGGCCGACGCCUUCCAGGAGUUUAGGAACAGCACGCGGUCCAAGUUGAUUGGCAAGUUCCAGUUCGAGGUCGAGGUCGAGGUCGCCGACGGCCAGGCGGUGAGGCUGGAUCCCAAUGAGCACCAGGACUUUGUGUGGGCGACCGAGGACGAGGUUGAGCGCGAGGAGGUCGGCGGCAAGAAGAUCCCGAUUACCAAGAGGAGCCACAAGCUUGUCAUUCUGGAAGGCUUCAGGCUACGCAAAGGCGCGCAGAGGGGAUAG